CUGUCCCUCCCAGGGGCAAAUUUGAGCUCCCUGCCGCACUGACAGCAAGGCACAGCCUGCCUGCUCAGCAGCAGCAGGGGCAGCGGUGGUGAUGCAGAAUUGUGCCCCUUGCUGCUGCUGGGUGGCCAGGAGGCACCUUGCUAUGGCAGCGUGGCUGGCAUAGGGCUCGGGGGGAGGGCAGCAGGGUGGGGAGCCCUGAGCUUGCAGCAGACAGCCAACAUCCAUCACCACCCUCACCCUCCAAGCUCUGCUAGGCUCUGUUCUAGCCAUGCCGCUGAAGAGGGGGAAGGCAAGGGGGAAGGUGAGCAUGUGUCCCACCUUUCCAUUUUGAAAAGGUAGUCACCCUAGAGAUGCCUAUACCUGGCAGGUUUAACCCCUUGGCUGCACCAGAGCAGUGAUGUCUCCCAUGGCGGAAGCUGAUAAGGGGACUCCUGUUCCCACUCCCUGCAGCUGGAGCUUCCCUGCCCCUGCCACCAUUCUAGUGCUCCUCCACCCCCAGUCAGUGCCUGGGGCUUGUGCCUCUUUCACCCAAGCCUAGUUAUGCUACUGGUAGACAGGAACCAUACACUGAAAGAGACUUCUCCAGUCCCCUGCAUUUGUUGGCAGCCAGUUGUCCGGAGUCCUAGAAACUGCCCCUCGCACACAUCACAACCACAAGGUGCUUUAUAAACAAAACCAAAAACACUGUAUGGCCCAGCACAUAUGAAAGAUGGGGGAGGUGACAAUGUCCUUCUCCUUCAAGGGUAGAGAAAUAUUUGGUUCAGAGGAUUCUAGGUUGAGGACCAUGGCUCAUGCUAUGCAAGUAGUCAAAAAUCCCUUCAGUCCUUGCUAUCCUGGAACCUACUGGAUGCUACGCGUGUGACUUGAUCCCAGUCCUAGUGUGGAAACCUGAUCUGGCUUAAAAUAUAUUGAAGAAUGGUUUAGUGCAGGGGUUUUCAACCUUUUUUGGUUGGUGUACCCCCAGUGGCUGGUUGAGAAGCAGGGAGUCCCCCAACUGGUUGAUGAGCGGGGAUGGGGAGGGUACCCCUGGUUGACAACCCCUAGUUGACAACCCCUGGUUUAAUGGAAAUACUGUAAUUUGUGCUAGAUGCAUAAAAUGCAAAUCACAUGACCUUAUGCCACAUUCUCCCCUUCUCUUCUAUUUAAAUUACAUUGGACAGAGAUAGACGGCCUCUCUCACAUCUGCCUUACCUAUUUAAAGAGCUGUGUUCCAUGUGGAUGAUGCUGCUGGAGAUCAGAUAGAGCAGCACAGUAGAGGGGCUUGCCAGGAGAUACAAGGCUGCAAAACACAGACUUUGGUUUUGUUAGAAGUGGGAAGUUUGAGGAACAGAGCCCAAGCCAACAUCAAAUUGCAUGCUCACCUUCAUACAGGAGUAUGCAGGCAGAUGUGAUCCAUCAGGGAAAUCAUAAGAGACUGUGCUGGCAUUGGCAUACAAAACAUUUUGCUCCCUCCUUCUCUUUAGUUUUGGUUUCAAUGGGAGAGUCUUAUAAUAGUCAUUUCUAAGCCAUGAACAGAAAACCCUUUCCACAGAAGACUGAGUCCAGAAGUCCCUUGUGAGAAAGAGGGAUGCUUCUCACCUUUUCUUCAGAACUUUGAUCACAGUAUCCUGGCCCUGAAAUUAACUUAGUCUUCACAGAGUUAGACUUGAGAAAUCUUUUCUGGCCCCCAAAUAGAAAUGAAUUGGAAUAAUAAUAAUUUGGUUCUUCCUCAGCGUGGUAAUUUAGGGACUCUGUCUCCAUACACUUUAUGGAUUUAGUUCACUACUGGGAAUUCUUUGUCUGCAUCAGACUGCAGACUCCAGUUUGAAUAUGGUUGAGUGCCUGCUCUGUUCUCUUUUUUACCUCCAAUGAAAUUCUAAAGAGGGCUGACAUAAGGCUGACAAUACAGAGUUAUUCCUCUGAACAGCCGCUGUUCCUGUGGAAGCACCUUGAGACAGUGGGAUGGCUGAAAAAUGCGGACAAUGAAGGGUUUUCUGGGUUUUUUUUCCUACUUUUCUAGUAGGAGGAAGUGGAGAGUGAAAAAUCUCCAAACAAGGCAAUAGUAAAACCAGUGAUGCAGGGGUUUUGAAAGGGCUUGCCAAAGUAACAAAGGAUCUGAAUGUUAGGGGGGUGGGGAAUAAGAAAAUGUAAACAUGAAGUGGGGACUGGAGAGGUAUGUUUUCCUCAGUUUCAUAGUUGUUAGGGGCUGGAAGGGACAUUACAGAUCAUCGGGUCUAGCCCCCACUCCACUUGGGCUGGAAAGACUGCUGAGAUCAGAUGACAAUCUCUCUCUUUCUGCAGGACCAGGUAUGUCCAGGAACGACUUCCACUCCCUCUAGAUACACCAGUCCACAAGUUCCAGAUCGGAAACAAGGUACUGGUCCGGACGUGGAAAGACGAGCCGCUUCAGCCCAGGUGGAAGGGACCGUAUCCUGUGAUUCUUACUACUCAUGCUGCAGUGAAGGUUCAGGGGGUAAAACCGUGGAUACACGACACUCGGGUGAAGGCCGCACCAGAAGUACCACCUGCAGGAGAAGUUGCUGAGAGUGUCGCACCGGAAGCCGACACAAACGGACACCGUUGGACAGCAGAACCAGUAGAAGGACUUAAAUUUCUGUUUAAACGUCAACCAUGUGGAAAGUAGUUCUUUGCAUAGGUGUAAUGUUUCUAGAGUCUAAGGGGUUGGUGCAUCAAAGGUUCGAGAAGAGUCAAAAUGUGUGGGUUCAUUUGGCAAAGGACAUAUUAAAUGUCACUCAUUUUUGUUUGGCAGGUGGAAUAUCAGUUGAUGAUAUUUUCACGUCAUGCCUUAUAGGGGUGCCCACUCCAAUGGAAGCACUCCAGAAUCAGACUUGGUUCACAUCUGGGGGAAUAGGAGGUCCAAUCAAUUACACUAACAACUCCAUGUGGGGAACCAUUACCACAGAAAGAAACGCUAGUACCUUUGAAAUAGAUUUGUUGACAGUCACCUCCCCUGGUAACACCAGCUGUGCCAAUUUUGUGAACUGUACCCAAGCUUGCAAAAGCCUAACCAAAGAAAUGAAAAUUUUCAAUUGCUCAGACAUGACUAACGUAUCUUGCAACUACGUUCAUGUUAUAUUACCCCGGGGGUGGUUCCUCCUUUGUGGGAAGACUGCCUAUUCAUAUAUCCCAGCCAAUGCCACAGGAGGCCCUUGUGCUCUAGGCCAGUUGACUGUCUGGCUACCAGGUAUGCCUAAGAUCUCUAGUAAGCAUCACCGGAGAGGUUCGAAGGUGCUAGAUAAAUCCUGUGAUAGUGACAUAAACCUCCUGAGUGAGGCCGAGGUAGUGUCCUUAGCAGUUUUCCUAGUAGGGGUGCCAGGCCUAGUAGUGGAUGCUGAGAGGCAGCUUGGUAAGGUGGCCUGUGCCCUGGCAAAGGGCCUAAAUACAACUUCACAGGCCCUAGCUGCCCUCAAUAUUGAAAUAAAAGAACUAAGAAGAGCUACUCUACAAAAUAGAGCAGCCAUAGAUUACCUGUUGUUGAGGCAUAACCACGGAUGUGAAGAGUUCGAGGGAAUGUGGUGUUUUAAUUUGACAGAUAACUCCGAGUUGAUAGUGUCAAAAGUGCAGAAGUUAAAAAAAAAAAAGUUCUGUCCCAUAUUAAGCAAGGGGAAGGGUUUGACUUCUCAUGGCUUACUUCUUGGCUUCCUAAUUUUUCAUGGCUUAAGCAAAUUUUCCUAUUAAUUGUGGCAAGUAUGUGUAUUUUCUUGAUGAUCUGUUGUGGGAUACAGUGUGCACCAAUGUGUUGUGAGAUACUCAAGAAAUCAAUUUCUUCCCCAGUUCACCGCGUGAUGUUUGUAAAAUCAUCAGUUACAAACCCGAUCCAAAACAAUCGGGAGGAAGCAAAAAGAUUUCUGGAGAUGAGAAAGAUAGUCGAGAACUAUGGGCCUUUUCCAUAAGGGCCAUAGUCUCGAAGUGGGGAUUUGAUGGGUACCCCUGAACUUUCACUAUGCAUUUUCUACUUUGGGAACAGCUUUGUAUGUUUUGAAAAGUAUUUUAUCUAACCAAGGGCAUAGAGUAGGUUGUUUAGGCUGGGGGAGAUCGCUUGUUGCUUAGUUGCUUAAUUGCUGGCCUUGCUAGAAGGAAAGCUGUAUCAACAGAGUCCGGAGCUGGAAGGGGGGUUACUUGCUGGGCUUGCUAUACAUUUCAUCACAUCAGCAAGUUUAACCUGUUACGUAGCUAUAUAAGGCAGACGCCCACUGAGGUGUGUGUGCUUGCUUUGCGAACGAUUGCCAAGCACCACUUUCUGCGCAGAAAUAAAGAUUAAGUUGGAUCCUUCAA